UUGCUUCGGCAUGUGGCCUCUCACUGCCACAUCCAUCAAUAAGGAAGGAGCCCUCUUAUGUACAAUUAUAGUUCAUUUCAAAUCCAUGGUAAAUUUGUGUUGUCAUAGUCCUGCAAUAUUUACAAAUCGAAAAUUCUGACUAUUACAAAGGCUGUCUUUGAUAACAACAAGAGGAGCGAUUGUGUGAGCAUUUCCUAUGUGUGUGUUUGUGUAUAUAUGUUUUUGCGUGACUGGUGCGAGGGUAUGCGUGCGCAUGACCUUGUUAUUAUAUCAACCUUUUGUGAAUUAAAUCGAAAACGCACACCUAGGCUAAGCUAUGAGAUUUCAUACUGUAUUAACACGGUCUGGAUAGUGUACCAUUAAUACAAUAAUAUUGUGUGCGUGUGUGUAUGUGUGUUAUAUGUCGGUGUGUUCACAAGUUUAUGCUACCUCUGUUCAUGUCAUGCCAAUGUUAUGGGAUUAAUUGGCUCCAACGUUUCAUAUCAGUCUUUGCUACCUUAAUUACACAAUGGAGGAUUUUAUGGCAACAAAUGUAAAAUGAAUAUAUUGUAUACUGUUAUUUUGUUUUAAUAGUAAAUCUUUGCAGCCUGCGUUACAUUUCUGAGUAUCACAUCUUCGUCUCCAGCAUUAGAGACUUCACAGACACAGAGCUACUGAACACAUUGGAUUUGUGGGGUUUGUUUCUGUCAAGAAGUCUCAAUAUCAGUUUUUGGGGUGUGUGUUUUUUCACCCCUGAAGUCUGACUCUCGCCUGUAUGAAUAGCUACUGGCGUGAUCUGUGCAUGUGUGUGUGUGGUGGGGGCGUUCUCGACUGACAUCCUCAAACAAUACGAGAAAGAGGAGUGCACGAAUCCGCGCACCCUAGGCUGGGCUCCUUCCCUGUAAUAGUGAGCGUCAGCCAUUCUUAAAAAACACAUUUUGUAGCUUAGUGGAGUGGAGUGGAAGGGCGAGAGGCGGAUAAACUGAGCGGACAAAGAUGUAAAUAAAAACAGUCGUCCCCCAACUGAGCGAGGCGUUCUUCAGAGUUUUUGGAUCAAUCAGGCAGACAGUGGCUUCUUUUGAUUAAACCCCAAAUUGUCAUUGGGCAGAGGUAAUCAUGUGACAGGCAAUUCGGUCCAAUUUCAACCUUGUCUCCAUGAAUUCAAUAGUUUAAUAGUAGCUCGGUCCCCAUACGGCCGUAAUCAGUGAAAUAGAAAAAAACACCACCAGGAGAUUUUUUAAUGAUUUUUUCUCUCUCUUUCUCACUGAGCCGCAACAUUUAUAAAAAUACGCGUGCAAACUUUCCUCGGCUCUCAGGGAGCGGAGAUGAAUUACGAAUUCGAGCGAGAGAGCGGUUUUAUCAAUAGUCAGCCGUCGCUUGCUGAGUGCCUGACAUCUUUCCCCCCUGUCGCUGAUUCAUUUCAAAGUUCAUCAAUCAAGAGCUCGACGCUUUCACGCCCGACACUGAUUCCUCCUCCCUUUGAGCAGACCAUUCCCAGCCUGAACCCGGGCAGCCAUCCGCGGCACGGCCGGCCCCGACACAGCCCCGAUGGAUGCAGCCCGCUGCCCACAGCCUCUUUACCCCCGGAAUACCCCUGGAUGCGGGAGAAGAAAGCCUCCAAGAGGAACCACCUGCCGACCUCCACCGCUACCACCAUCUCCAAUGGACCUGUGUGCUUCUCCCCGAAAGGCUCGCCUGAGAUUGUGGAGAGCGGUGGGGGAGGAGGGGGCUCCCGUCGGCUGAGGACGGCGUACACCAACACACAGCUGCUGGAGCUGGAGAAGGAGUUCCACUUCAACAAGUAUCUGUGCCGGCCGAGGCGGGUGGAGAUAGCGGCCCUGCUGGACCUCACCGAGAGGCAGGUCAAAGUCUGGUUCCAGAACCGGCGGAUGAAGCACAAGCGGCAGACCCAGAGCAAGGAGAACCACAACGGGGAGGGGAAAGGGCCUGGCGCCGAGGACGGCAUCCACAGCGACGAGGACGACGAGGGCCCCCUGUUUGAGCAGAGCGGGGCCCUGCUGGAGAGAGAUACCUGCUCCUUUCAGAGCAACUCGCUGCACAAUGGCGAGACCAUGAGCUUUGCUGCUGCGCCGCUGAACAGCAAUGACAAAAAUCUGAAACAUUUUCCCAACCCGUCACCCACUGUUCCGGGCUGCAUGUCAACAAUGGGCCCCGGCUCUGCAUCUGGCCCGGACAAUGGUGACAGUCCCCCGACCCUGGAUGUUUCUAUACACGAUUUCCAAGCUUUCUCUUCGGAUUCCUGCCUACAGCUCUCCGAUGCAGCCUCGCCGAGCUUGUCAGAGUCUCUGGAUAGUCCCGUGGACAUUUCUACGGACAGCUUCUAUUUUUUCUCGGAGUCUCUAACUACAAUCGACCUGCAGCAUCUGAACUACUAAUUGAAAUCAAUCAAAAUAACUUUUUUGUUGUUUUGUUUUUAUCCGGAACAAUGAAAGUCAGGCUACGAACGUAUUAACUUUGAUGUUAAUUUUGUGGUUAUUUGUAUAUUCGGCACAUUUAUUCUGUUGAUAUUUGACUUGACGAUUAAUUCAAGGUAAGGAUGAAAUUAAAUCAUUGAAAUAGAUCUACUCAAACAUGGCUUGUAAUUACCAUAACAAAUUGAUCUCUUGAAAUGGAAAUUAUAAGUGUAUGUGAAUAAUUAUACAAUAUUAGGCCUAUGGAACCUGGUCAUUUUUAUUUUUGUAUAGCUUCCAAUGUCUUGGAUAUUUUUGUUAGAAUACAAUUA